GACAACGUCCACAAGUAAAAUGGCAAAAAUCAACAGGAAUUAGCACAAUUAAAACACAUUUUAGAAAAUAUCAUGUAGAUAUUUAUAAUCAAAUAGAGUUAGAACUUAAAAAAAACAAAACAGUUCAACCUUAUAGAAUAGAUAAUGAAGCAAAAAUUAAACUCGUCAAAGAUCUUAGUUUCGUCGAACUUAUUGAAGAACUUGACGAAUGGUAUCGAUUACCAUCUCGACAAACUAUAUCUAAUCAGAUCGAGGCAAUUUAUCAAAAUCAAAAAUUGUUAUUAAAAAAUUUUUUAAAAACAAUAAGAAAAUUAGCCAUUAUAACCGAUUCAUGGACGGCUUGCAAUAAUAGUAAUUAUAUGUCCAUAACACUCUAUUGGAUUAAUGAUAAUUGGAAUGCACCCCUGUUAAAGAUGAUCAUACGGGAUUAA